AUGCAACGGGAGGAGCCAAAACCAGCGGCCGCGAGGGUGGAGCCAAAACCAACGGCCACGAGGGAGGACCCGAAAACAGCGGUUACGAGGGAGGAGCCGAAAACAGCGGUUACGAGGGAGGAGCCGAAAACCAGCGGCCACGAGGGAGGAGCCAAAACAACGGCCAUGAGGGAGGAGCCGAAACAAGCGUCCAACAGGGAGGAGCCGAAACCAACAGCCACGAAAGCCAGCACUGUGACGAGCCUUCCGCCGCGGACGAAUGCUUCGAAGACCACUCGUUCUUUCUUCGACUCAGAAAGCGAUGACGAAAACGGAGCAGGCGACAAUAGCAAAUCUGUGGUUCAAAGUAGUUCAGCGUCUACUGCCGCGACCAAAGGAAAAUCAUCUGCUCGUGAGGAUUCACGUCCCGGAAUAGCUAAAAGCCAAGCGACUAGUCAAGCAGCUCCCGCACAGAAGCUUCCGACCACGAAGUCGCAAUUUGCGAAAGGACUAUUUGAUGAUGAUGAGGAUGACGACGAUUUAUCAUUGUUUAGAAAGCCUAAAGGAAGCUAA